AUGGUGGCGCACAUGUCUCGAAAACGUGAUCGUUCUGGUGGCCAGAGGCAAAGACUGCGACGCAUGUUGCAGGAAGAACAGCUGAACUGCCAGAGCGUUCUCUGUACUUGGUUGUUGUCAAUGUUUGCAUGGGGACACUUUAGCGUGCAACGAGUACAAAAGAUCAGUGCUUUGGCUAUGAAAGAUUUGAAGAGUGCUGAGACUUCUGAAACAAUCUGGAAUGACUUGGAGACAUUAUCCAAGUUAGGAACUGAAGGUCUGUACGCGAACAAGAUGCACACGGAGCUCAUGGGCAAAUGCAAAGGCUUGUCUAACCUACCGGAGCCUUACCCAGUGGAUAUCCAAUAUGCUCCGCCUUUGGGCAUGCAGAAACAGGAUGUUUUUCUUCCUCAUGAAGUCUUCAGCGCAAUUUAUCACAAGUAUCCACAAACAUGGCAAAAAACGAUGGUACCGUCGCAGGCUCACUUGGAAAGGUUCUGGACAGUCACCGAUGGCCAUCCAACCUUGGUUAAUUCCCCACUGAAAGAAUGUCCUUCUUACAAAACGAAAACUGUACCUAUCCUGCUGCACGGGGACGGGGUUCCAAUCGUCGGAAUUGGAAAGGGAUGGUCCAAGAUUGCAACUGUGUUUAGCUGGGCCAGCAUGCUUACAUCUUCAGGGACCAAGGAGUCCAUGAAAUUUAUAUGGGGAGCUUUCGACAAACUCUGCAAAAAGGAUGGUGAGGGAACUGAUGGUACAUUUUCAACAUUUUUCAAAGUUCUAGUCUGGUCGCUGCAGUCUUUGUAUUCGGGUAAGUGGCCCCAUCGGGACCACAAUGGACACUUAUUUCCUUCAUCUUCCUGGCGGGGAAAGUUGGCAGGUCAAGAUCUGGCGGCAGGUUUCACUGGUUAUCUUUUCUCUGUCAUUGGAGACAUGGAUUAUUUUUCAUCGAUACUACAGCUUCCUCACUUUAGCUGGGCAAAGGGGCCGUGUGCACUUUGCAAAUGUACCCUUGGUGGAGUGACCACAUGGACAGACUUUAGAAAGACUGCGGCUUGGCUAGGUACUCGGUGGAGCAAAGCCGACUGGUUUAAUUUUGAGGCUCGCUCCAUGAACCCUUUAUUCAACGAAUUACCUGGGCAAUCUUGUCACACUGUGUCGCUCGACCUGAUGCAUUGCAAGUACUUGGGCCACGAUAUGUAUUUCUUUGGAUCAGUUCUCACACUACUAUGCCAGUACCUCUUGCCUGGAAGCGAAGAACAGAAUUUGAAAAGAUGCUGGGACUUUUUGAAGCGAUUCUACAAGGAGCAUUCCAUUCCUUCGCCUUAUCGAUAUCUGACUAAGAUAUCUAUGUUCAUACGCAAAAAGAAGUUUCCCAAACUACGGGGCAAAGCGUCGGAGGCGCAUGCUGUCCUGGAGAUUGCAAUUCUCAGUCGUCACAUAAACCCGAGAACUACUUGGUGCUUCCGAGGAGAAGACAUGAUGCAGAAAAAAUUCGUUUAUCAAAGGGCCUUUGGCGCCAUCCCGACACGUCUUCCUGAGACUUUUGUGAUCUCCCGAGCUCAAGCCAUGGACGUGCUUUGCGACCGCGAUGAGCACAAGUUUUACAAUGGCUGUCCAUGGCAACGAAAGGAGGACCAUUCCGCAGGGUUCCACGAACGUUCUCGCUUUCAGUGGGGAAGCAGCGACCUCACCUACCAAGUAUUGGUCUUCUUGGAUCGGCUCUUCAUGGCAGGCUUGAAGCUAUAUGGUGAAGACCACCGAGAUGUCUUUGAAAAUCCUGAAGACUUCUUUGUGCGAAUGCUGCGACAUGAAGGGUACCGUGUCGAAGAUCAGAAAAUAUGGCUUGUUGACGAGAGCAGCGGCUGGUGGGAGGAGAAAAAGCCAUGUGGUCUAAAUUUGAAGGAAGCGUUUGACUUGUUGCACGAUGUGAAACUAAAAGACAUCAUGCAGCAGUGGGUUGAACCCAAUGCUCCUUCUUUGCAAUGGCAAUAA